AUGGCAAUGCCACCUGGAAAUGCUGCUCCUUCCGAUAAAUUGCAGUUUCCGCCCGCCGCGGUCGCCGCCGCCGCCGGAAACUGGAUCCCGGACGGGCGAGACGGGUUUAUCUCGUGGAUUCGCGGCGAGUUCGCUGCGGCUAACGCGAUCAUCGAUUCGCUCUGUCAGCAUCUGGUAGCGAUCGGGGAUCAGAACGAGUACGAAGGCGUGGUCUCGAGCAUCCAGCAGCGUCAAUUAAACUGGUCUCAGGUUCUGUAUAUGCAGCAUUACUUCUCGAUCGCGGAGGUCUCUUACGCUCUACAGCAAGUUGCUUGGAAGCGGCAACAGAAAGUGUUGCCUCAUCAGCAACCACCUCAGAGGCAUUACAAUUCCGAUCAGGUUGGGAAAUUCGGAGGAGGAAGGAGAUCAGGGCCUGGGGUUCACAAACAACAGCAUCAUAAUGGCGGUGGUGGUUACAGAGGAACUGAGUCAGUGGCGAGGAACGGGCAUCAAACGAAUUCGGAUUGUCACAGCACUGAUCGAGAGGAAGCUAAGCUAGCAAGUGAUGUUGCAAAGGAGAAGAGAGAUGGUAGCGAGAAACCAAAGAGGGAUAGUAAAGAUUUGGAAGAGUCUAAGUCUGCUGAUGCAGAAACCCAAACGGAGAUAGUGAAGCAUAACUGUAUCUCAGCUUCUAAAGAGAACAGUCUCGGUUCUGAGAAAAAGCAGGAGGAGAAAGAUAAAGAGUGUCCUGCAAGCAUGGCAAAGACUUUUGUGAUCCAAGAGAUGUAUGAAGCGAAAAUGGUUAAUGUUGUCGAAGGAUUAAAGAUGUAUGACAAAGUGCUUAAUGCAAAAGAAGUUUCUCAGCUCGUUUCUCUUUUAAACAAUCUGAGAAUUUCUGGAAGAAGAGGCCAACUUCAAAGUGAGGCAUAUGUGGCCCACAAACGUCCCAAUAGAGGACAUGGACGCGAGAUGAUCCAACUCGGUCUCCCCAUAGCUGAUGCACCACCUGAUGAUGAGAGUAUCAAAGAUCGAAGAAUAGAGCCAAUCCCAUCCUUUCUUUCAGACAUCAUUGAACGUUUGAUCUCAAAGCAAAUCAUUCCUGUGAAACCAGACGCUUGCAUCAUUGAUUUCUUUAACGAGGGAGAUCACUCGCAGCCUCACCAGUUUUCUCCUUGGUUUGGACGACCCGUCGGCAUCUUGUCCUUAUCGGAAAGCGAAUUCACAUUCGGAAGAGUCAUUGUCUCUGAACAUCCCGGCGACUUCAAGGGCUCUCUCAAGCUUUCUCUCACUCCCGGGUCCGUUCUUGUGGUGGAAGGCAAAUCGGCAGAUCUUGCUAAGUUUGCAAUGCAGUCAACACGAAAGCAGAGGAUGCUCAUCACCUUCACCAAAUACCAGCCGAGAAACUCUACAGCCGGAUCUCAUUGGGGUCCACCACCGCCUAGCAGAUCUCCGACUCACCCCAUCCGUCUCCCAACCGGUCCACCUAAGCACUACCCUCUUAUCCCGGUCACCGGUGUCUUGCCCACGCCGUCUCACCGCCCACCAAACGGAGCUGCUCAACCGAUGUUCAUCGCCCCUUCACCUCCUCCUCCUCCCCUGCCGUUCCCAGUUGGUGUCCCACCGGGGCCAACGGUCUGGCCACUGCUACCUCAUUCACGACACCAGCCGCCACCGCAACCUAGAAUGCCCAUCCCUGGAACCGGAGUGUUCCUCCCACCAGGCUCCCAAGAGAAAUCCAACAACAGCAACAGAGGCAGCUCUGCAGAAGGAAAGUUAGAGUCGAAGACGAAAGAAGAAGCUUGUAACGGAACUGCUGCGGAGGAGUGUGAUGGCAAUAGCGGUAGCGGUAACGGUAACGGAAAACAGAGCAAUUAG